UUGGCGAUAGCUGCAAUGAAAGAGCUGGAGAGGAAGCCCGCGCCUCAGUGACGUUCAUUCUCCAUCAGGGAUCUUUGUUUUGCAUCGCUUCCCAAUUUGCAUUUGUUUCUCAGGUUUUCCAUACGACGCUCCAGCCGCCGAAAAGCCCCGAGCGCGCAAAGGCGCAUUCCAACAUUGGGGAAUUUGGAAUAGUUGAAGCGGGCGCGAGCUGAAAGAAGGAAAUUACAUGCGUUCGCCCCGCGUCCCAGACAACCACUCGCGGAGACACGUGCCAUAGAGGUAAACAGCAGAAAGAUUCGCUCGACAAAAUUCACCUCGCGCUAUCGAUUCAGCUGAAGAUAAAGUAGCCACGGUUAGUUCAUACAGCAUGUCGGAUGUAUUACCGUAUAACGAGGACAAAAUGACUCAUUAUGGCAACGACGGGGACGAGGAACACCUUUCCUUCACCUGCCGCCUCCAAGACACCAACAACUUUUUCGGUGGCAACCAGAAUAAACGACCACCAAAGCUCGGGCAGAUCGGGAGAAGCCAAAGAGUCAAUGAAGAAGAAAACGAUGGCCAAGCACUGGACAAGAGCACAGAGAAAUCCUCGUCGGCGUGAACGGACCCAAAGACUCCUAACCUCUCUGAUGUGUAUAUCCAAAGACAUUGUGAAGAGGCUCUCUCUCCCAUCUGGCGACAAGCACUCCACACAUUCUCCUUUCCCUAACUCCAUUGUCCAGGGUUUACAGUGUGACGGGGCAGCGGACUGAACCGGCGGUCCGGAAGAAUGGCCCAGGGGGGCUUGAAGGAUUACUGUGUUUUCCAAACUAUACUCCGAGAUAUGUGCAAUGACAGGGUUCGGUCUCAUUAAAGAGACUGGGCUCUACUUUUCUUUCUUUUUUUUAUUAUUAUAAUGAAGCAAUUUGAUAGACUGAGCAGACGGUACCAUUAACAUCAAACCAGUAUCUUCCCGCUUAACCCAGUAGCCUACUGGUGGUGUUAAUGGUAUACUAGCAAUGUCCACCUUUUCUUCCACAGUGGACCUCCAAAGAGGUUUCACCAUGUAUGUAAAAAAACAAAACAAAGCUAUUUAUUAAAUCUUUGGAUACAUAUUUUGCAGUGUUGAAGGUUGAGCAAACGUUUUAUAUAGUAGACCGAUGACGAGAAGUGACUUUUGCUUUGGAUAAAUGUUUUGUAUGUAGCUUAACUGUGAUUCUCGUGAUCUGCUUCGUUUCAUUUGAUUCGUUUGAUGUUCGGAUUCGAUCUGGAAUGUCAGUUUAAAGACAGUAACCUUAUAAUCUUAAAGUAUAUUUACUGUAGAUGUGCCAAAUUAUCCUGAGAGAAACAUAUAUUUCUGUGCUUUCUUCACGGGUAUAUUAAUAUUGGGUGGUCAUGUUUACAGGGCUCUUUCAUACUUGUGAUGUAUUCUAGUCAUGCAUGACGAACCUCAAGACCUUAAGAACGUCUUCUUGAAUAUAACGUAUUUAUCUCACAGAACAUUUCUACGGAAUAUCUGUUAUAAUAAAGAUUUUGAGAAACA